GGGAGCCUCGCCCCGCCCCAUCCCCGCCCCCGCGCGCUGCGGGCCCGGGGCGCUGGGAGGGGGGCCCAGCCGAACGCGCAGACCCCAAGCCUCCAGGCCCCGGCCCCGGGGAGCGCUGGGCUCAAGAGUUUCCCCACCCCGGGCCGCAGGGUCGGGGCGGGUGUCAGUGCAGGGGGCGCAGGAGGUCCCGGCCUGUGGCUGCGGGCGGAAGCCCCUCUGGGAGCUUUCCCCAGCCAUGGACAGCCCCAGUCUUCGAGAGCUCCAACAGCCUCUGCUGGUGCAUGUAGGGGGAGAGCCCCCUGUGCAGAAGCCUGGGGAGCCUGAGCCGGAGCCUCCCUUUGGAGAGAUGGUCUUGGCUGAAUCGCUGAAGGGUUGGCAGUUCCUCUCACCAUCUCUUUCCUCCGUGAGCGCCGGCCUGGGGGAGCCAGGGCCCCCUGACCUUGAGGAUGUGUCAUCCAGUGACAGUGACUCGGACUGGGAUGGGGGCGGCCUGCUCUCCCCUCUCCUACCCCACGACCACCUCGGCCUGGCUGUCUUCUCGAUGCUGUGCUGUUUCUGGCCCGUGGGCAUCGCCGCCUUCUGCCUGGCCCAGAAGACCAGCAAGGCUUGGGCCAAGGGGGACGUCCAGGGGGCAGGGGCCGCCUCCCGCCGCGCCUUCCUGCUGGGGGUCCUGGCCAUCGGGCUGGGCGUGUGCACCUACGCGGCCGCCCUGGUGACUCUGUCCGCCUACCUCGCCUCCCGGGACCCGCCUUAGUCGCCCCCAGGCCCCCUUCUGGCCGCCCAGCGCGCCCGGGGUCGGAGUGGACAAUCCGUGUGGAUGAGGCGGAGGCGGUGGCUGCGGCGGCGGCGGCGUGAGCUGGAGCACCCCUGCCCCCUUCCUGGAGGCCGCAAAGAGCGAUUAAACACCAGACACUCUUGCCGCCAA